UGUGCGAUGGUUGAGCGUCCUAUUCAGCCAUGUUGUGGUUUUGAAUGAGGAAGAAGCGGGAGAUAAUAUUCUUCAACGAGUUUAUAUGCUUUUUAAAGUCACGUUAGGGAUAUAUAAAUGAGUUAGCGUGGGACUCAAAAUGAUAACCGUUUUUCCGAACGCGUUGGUUGCGACUUGUCGCAUUCCUGCUGGAAUUUAAACAUACUUCCAUAAAUUAGCCGCGUCGUAGCAACAUUAGCUAGCGCGGUAGUUAGCAUAGUGUGCUAGCUAGGCAACUAGCUAAUUCUCAACUGACUAGCCAACGGUUAGGUUUCAUUUGUGAAAUGAUAAUCGUGAGGACUGUUAGCUUUUGAAACAGCCUCAGCUAACCUACCUCAGUCGAAUGAAGCGCACUGGCUUCAUUAGGUUUGACUAUAUAGACAGGUAGACUUAAAGUAGCCAUAGCGAUUUAUCUUUAAACCAGCGGCGUUAUUUCUAAAACUUUUGAGCCAUGUUGAAUCACAUCUACGAAUGGAUAGAAACGAGCUUUGCCAAUCUUCGCAAUGGUGAACCAGCUGUGGAGGACUCUGACGGACACCGGAGACCGGGCGAUGUUCCGUUAAGGAGGAAAAGACCACUUGAAUGUUUGGAAGAUGGACAUAACAUCGACCAAGAUGGCUUAAUCGUAAAGAAAUCUCGAAUGGGGGAUCUUAUUGACACAGUCAAGGUUGCAGCUGAAGGGGUUAAGAGUCACAGCUCCAGUGUGGCUACAUGGAUGAGAAACAAUGUAAGCCCUACUUUGAGCAAUAUACUGCCUGCCUAUCCUGGUCCACCGCCUGGAGAACCACAGCCCUCCACAUCAGCAUCAGUCUGGGCUGGGAUGCCGAUUGUUGAAAGGAACUGUCUGGAUGAGACGUUCGUUGCUCCCUCGACAACAUUGGAGUGGAAAACAUCCAAAUCGGAAUGGUUGCGCAAUGACAAGAACAUUAUGGGAUCAAAAGUCUGUAGGCGACAAGUGUGCAUGAGUCCUACACAUCGUGAAGUGCCAAAAAUAAAUGGGCAUUCAGUCAACAUGUCACCCUCCAUCACCCCAAAAUUGCACCCAUCUCCACGGUUAGGCAGGCCCCUGAACCUCCGACCAUAUGCAACACCAAGUUUUAGUGGAGUGGCAAGCAGCUCCUGCACUAGUAUGUAUGAGAAGACAUUUCCCAUCAAAGUGGUGCAGAGCCCAACACACAGCUCCUCAUCUGGGCGCAUGCACAAUGCCAGACCUCACUGCACAGCACAGCAGUCUGUUUGUGAAGAGGAGAAGGAGGUCUACAGGCAGCUUCUGACCAUGGUCUCUGGUGGUCAGUCAUCUCUCCAUCACAACGGCAGCUCACAUGCCAUUGUGAGGUCACACAGAGAUUUUACCAGCUUCCUGACUACGAGCCGCAGACUGCUACAGUUCGCUUCCCCUACUAGGUCACCAGUAGGAGGAACUUCAGAGGGACCCAGCAGCCCCCCCAGCCCCACAGGGAUGUCCAGCCAGAGCUCCAGCAACCUGCCCAGCCCGUUGUGGAAUUCCAAUAGGCCGGGGAUCCAGACGUGGUCUCUGGACACAGACCCCAGCUCCAGCAGAGCAGCUACUCUCACAGCAGCUCCCUCUCCAUCUGCUCUUAUGGAUAACUCUUCUCAGGACACACAAUCAUCAGCUCAUGAUGGUGACUCUGUAAUUAUUAUAAAUGAGCAAAAGGGUAAAAAGCAAGGCCGCUCAAGUGUGCCAUGUUUCCAAGCAGAGUUAUGGAUCAAAGAAUUGACGAGUAUGUAUGACUCUCGGGCGAGAGAAAGACGGAGACACAUUGAAGAGCAGGAGACCUUGGCUGCCCUGUUGCUGCGGCAGCGCCUGUCUAACGAGUCGCAACGCAGCCCAGAUGUGGAGGUCCAUGUCAGAGUUCCUUUGGAGAAGGAGGUUCCUUUGACUCUUGUGAUAGAAGAAUCAACGCCUUUAGAAGAGAAACCCGAAUUCCCCGAAUUUACAGAGGAGAUGGAGGCUGAGGUGAACAAGGGGCUGAGAGGAGGGAACCAUGAAGUUUUAAGUGAAGGUUUUGGUCUCAGCCUUACACGCAAAGACCUGCAGACCCUCAGCAACCUGAACUGGCUCAAUGAUGAGGUGAUCAACUUUUACAUGAACCUGCUGGUGGAGCGCAGCAAGGACCCCGGCCUGCCAUCAGUCAAUACGUUCAACACUUUUUUCUACCCAAAGCUGCGCAGCAGUGGCUACCCUGCUGUCCGCCGCUGGACCAAGAAGAUGGACAUCUUUUCUAAAGACGUCCUGCUGGUUCCUGUCCACCUGGGGGUGCACUGGUGCCUCUCUGUGGUGGAUUUCCGCAAAAAGGCUGUCAUUUACUUUGAUUCUAUGGGAGGAAACAACGAUGAAGCAUGCAGAAUGUUGUUUAACUACCUGCAACAGGAAAGUAAGGACAAGAAGGGCAAAGAACUGAAUACCGUAGGCUGGACUCUGCACAGCAAAAAGCGUAAUGAAAUCCCACAGCAGAUGAAUGGUAGUGACUGUGGAAUGUUCACAUGCAAAUAUGCAGAUUACAUUACCAAAGACAAGCCCAUCACAUUCACACAGCGCCACAUGCCCUACUUCAGAAAACGGAUGGUUUGGGAGAUUCUGAACCAUAAGCUGUUGUAGGUUUGUGUAGUCGGCUCGCGAUGUUGGGAAUACGAGUCGUAACGUUGGCUGAGCUACGCUCGACAGAAGGAUCUACUGACAGUAGUCCUGUUUUGGGAAAGACUUGCACACCAGCUCAUCAGAUCAGGAACCAGCUCUGCUACUCUGCAUCCUCUACCGUCAAUCAAGCUCUCAGCUGAUGGGAUGUUGCCGGAGCACCAAGCACUGCCUCCCAGACCUCUACUCCACGUUGGUGUUUUUUGGGGCACCCGUGGAGCAUCAGUUUAGCAGCUGGAACACUGCAUGUUUUGUAUGGCCGAGCCAGAACUGUUUUUCAAGUCGCGCUUGUACUGACUUAGAAACCAUACUCUGAGCUGCGAUGUGGUGUUCGAUGCAGACACGCCAAGUUUACAUGUUCUUGUCUUGCAGGGACUCGAGCGCUUUCUGCUGCUUCAUUUUUAUAACGACGGUAAUACUUAUCAAUGUCGCUGUCCAUGUUUGAUACUCUUGGUACGAUAAAAGGAAAAUAAACUUCACUAUGAAAACUGAAGUAUGACUGGCUUCUAGUCUUAAAAACCUGUCUUAGUAUUUGGGCACAGAACUUUAUUUAUUUUGUUUCCCAUAGUACGAACACUUCAGCUAAAACGACUAUUUUUGUAAUUUGUUUGAUUAAAAGGCCUAAAGCUUCUUCAGGCCUUGUCUCAGAGUAUGGUUUUUAACGGAAAUAGGAAGUUUUACCUGACACACACGUACUUGCAAGUGUGAAAAAACGGUCUUAGUUACGUUCUAAAACAGCAGGGUAAAAAAACCAACGGAUGUUAGUCUUGAUAAAAGAUUGUAAAUUAAGGUUCAAAGUCUAUUUUAUGUAUUUCAGAGUCUUUUGUUUUGCAGCAACUUUUGGGCAUAUUCAAUAUAUUUUUAACUUUGUACAUACUUAAAACAUAUACAGCCUCUUGAACAGUGUAAAAUACCUUUUCUUUAUGGAAUUCCUAUUUUUUUUUUUUUUAAAUCUAGAUUUAAGUCCAUUUUAGAAAUACAUUCUCAUGUAUUGUGACUGUUAUUUGUGUAUUACCUCAAAAUCAAUUGGGUUUGAUAAACGAGAGAACCUGGA